AUGGGAGAGGAGUCUAUUGAUUCGGGGGCCAUGCUACAAGGUCAAGCUGAGAUAUGGCAAUACAUGUUCAACUUUGCAGACUCAAUGGCUUUGAAAGCCGCCGUGGAGCUCCGAAUAGCCGACAUAAUCCACUCCCAUGGCUCUCCGAUCACCUUGUCCAAAAUCGCCUCCGGCAUUGCCUCUUCAUCCCCGGACACCACCUGCCUUGCCCGAAUCAUGAGACUGCUAGUCCGCAAGAAGAUCUUCACCGCCAAUUCUCAAUCCAACGGUGGAGAGCCACUCUACGGUCUCACCCCUUCCUCCAAAUGGUUACUACAUGAUACGGAUUUAAGUCUCGCCCCGAUGCUACUCAUAGAAAAUCACCCAUGGGCAGUGGCACCGUGGCAUUGCCUGAGUAGCUGUGUGAAAGAAGGUGGGAUUGCAUUCAAGAAGGCUAAUGGACAUGAGGUAUGGGAAUUUGCAGCACUCAAUCCUGAAUUCAACCAGAUGUUCAAUGAAGGCAUGGCGUGUACGUCGAAGAUCGCACUGAGGGCGAUCAUUUCGGGUUACGAAGAUGGGUUUGGCUGCGUGAAAUCGGUGGUGGAUGUGGGUGGUGGCACAGGUGCAGCCAUGGCGGAGAUUGUGAAGGCUUAUCCGCAUAUAAAGGGGAUCAACUUUGAUUUGCCGCAUGUGGUGAAGACAGCGCCGGAGUACCAUGGAAUUUCUCAUGUUGGUGGUGACAUGUUUGAGGUCAUUCCUAAAGCUGACGCAGUCUUCAUGAAGGUGAGAUUUGAAUCCAAUAACCCACGACCACCCACAACACGAAAACACGCGACUCCCUCUACCUCUGCAAGCUUUAGUUGUGUAUGGUGGGAAGUCCCUUCCCACACCUACUCUAGUGGGACCCCUCCUACAGAUUUUGUUUGCCCCAUUAUAAAUGAUAAUUGA